CUUAGUUCUCGCGCGCACACGAACGACUCAUUGGCCAAGGACUCUGUUGCCAUUUUGCCUCUUCUAGAUGGUCAGAGACUAGUGUCAUUGGCAGUCAACUGAGCGAGGACGAAACAUGCUUCGUAUAACUUUCCUUCGCGUCCUGCUGCUCGGUUUGUUUGGGAUUUCAGCGACAACAGCACAGCGAUUGGAUGACCCAUGUAUUCUUGACCUGGCAUUCAUCAUAGACGCAUCUGGUAGCAUCGAGCCUUAUUGGGAAGAUGUUCGGAAGUUUGCCGCCGGAGUCGCGAAACUGGUGAACAUAUCGUCCGAUGGAUCCCAUGUUGGAGUGGUUAAGUUCGGCGAGACAUCCAAAAUAGAAUUUGGGUUCAAUGGAGGGCAAAACGAAAACACUGUUGUUCGAAAUUUGCUUAAUCUAGAUCCCCCUAUUCCGGGUUCAAGAACCAUGCUGCACUCAGCGCUCGAAAAAGCAAACGACGACCUUUUCAACCCACAGACAAAUAGCUUCCGAGAAGAUCCCAAUGUACGGAAG